AUGAGGUCUAAUGUCACUGUUGCGGUGCUGGUUGUACUUCUAGUUUGUCGAUUAUUUGUGCAGCCUGCCUUCUCGCUGAUAUCAGAUUGCGAUGAGUCGUAUAACUAUUGGGAGCCACUGAAUUUGUUAGUUCGGGGAUUCGGUAAGCAGACAUGGGAAUAUUCACCUGAAUAUUCUAUUAGAUCAUGGACAUUUCUUCUUCCUUUCCAUGCUAUAUUAAGCGCCGUAAAGAGAUUUUUAAUCUAUGAGGACUCACCCCGAUAUGUUUUGUUCUACUUUGCUCGAGCUGUUCUAGGCCUAACGAGUUUUAUCUUUGAGAAAAGGUUAUACGAUGAACUUUUGAAGAGUACUUCAGAUACAGUUGCGAAUGCUUGGCUGGUUUUUCAGAUCUUUAAUCCAGGAUGGUUCCAUGCAUCAGUGGAACUACUGCCCUCCUCGAUUGCUAUGAUCUUUCUUCUGGGGUAUUUGAGAGAUUCCUUGCGGUACUUGUCGAAACACAAUGAAAAACCUUUUGUAUCACUUUUGUUCUACAACUUUGCUGCUGGUAUGCUGGGGUGGCCCUUUGUGUUAGUAUUAAGCGUUCCAAUGGUCAUCCAUUAUGUGUUUAACCAUAGGCUAAUUGAUACGUUACGUACAGGGUUUUCCUCGUCAUUAGUGUUGUCUUUGAUUACAGGAAUAGUCGUUCUUAUUGAUUCUAUAAUGUAUGGGCGAUUGACGCUGGUUCCAUGGAAUAUUGUAAGGUACAACGUUAUCAACGCUGAUGAAGCGGCUGGUCCUAAUAUUUUUGGUACAGAACCAUGGUAUUAUUAUUUAUUUAACCUACUGCUGAACCUGCCAAUCCCAGUGCUGAUACUUUCCGUUUUCGGGUUGUCUCACAAGCGCUUAUGGCCUAUUUGGGGUUCUAUUAUGAUCUGGUUAACUACUUUUAUUCUGCAACCUCAUAAGGAGGAAAGGUUUUUAUACCCAAUUUACGGGUUUAUCACGUUGGCAGCAAGUUUUGGAUACGCGAAGAUUUUGAGGAUGUUGAAACAUAGAAGAACAAGUAGACAACUUCUCAAACUCCUUACCCUUGCAGUUGUUGCAAUUCAAGCUACGACACGUAUAAUAGCUUUGAUUAACAAUUACACUGCACCAUUAACGGUGUUUUCUGCGUUGCAACCUGCUAUCGCCUACGAUGAGCCUAUCCAGGUCUGUAUUGGUCGGGAAUGGUAUCACUUUCCAAACUCGUUUUUCUUGCCAGAUUCUCAUAGGUUGGGUUUUGUAUCUUCUGGGUUCAAUGGCUUGCUACCAGGUGACUUCUUGGAGCAUUCGUCCAUAUUUGAUUCAAUCCGUACUACUCCACCAAACAUGAAUAAAUUUAACCUAUUUGACGCUGGGAAGCUGGUUCCUGUGAAAAAGUGUCAGUACUAUGUUGACAUAAUUAUGGAAAGUGACAAUUCUCGGGAUGCUCUGGAUCCAACUAAAAUGUCGGCAGAUUGGGCAGCGGUAUCUUGCAGUCCAAUUAUCGAUGUUGCCAACUCUAAGUUCUUUGGCAGAGCGUUUGCUUUACCACCAUCACUAAUAGAAGCGCUUCCCAAGAGUGUUCAGUCCCUAGUACAGAAAUUUUACAAGGCAAAUUUUGUAAAUUUCUGCCUCUUUGAAAGAAUGAUCAAGGGUGAACUCGUUUAA